UUCUUAGUAUUAUUACGAUAGUAAUUUAUUUUAUACAUGUACAUAUAGAGAGUGCAACAUGGGCUAGAAUGCUUUCCUAAUUCUUCUUAUCUCCACGGAUUUUCUGGUCCAUUGUUGGCUUUCAGAAUCCGAAAAUAAGGUGACAAAACGCGGCUUUCGAACAAACUUUUCAAAUAAUGGGCUGAAUAUUCAAAUUGUGUUUAUUGAAAGGGUGUGAAGCAAAACUCAGAUCACUCUUAUUUUCUCAGUUGGUGAGCUCUUUUUGUGUACUCGCAUUAUGAAGGCUUUUGUUGGGUUCUCUGUUUUGUUCUUGACAAUGGUGACUGCUUUGGUUUGCUUUGUUUCCUAUGGCAAAGAAGACACCUCAUCGCCUCCUGGAAUGUCCUCAACUUGGCAAGAGAAUAAUGAAUUGGCAAUAACCAUAAGAAGCAGAAAGCUACAGGGCAAUGACUAUGGACCGAGCACGAGCACGAGCACAGACGAGGGCGGUGUGGGGAAGAUAAAUCUGGAGGAUUACCGACCGAUAGAUCCAGUUCCAAGCUCAAAAGCUUCAGUAAGACCUGGACCUAUUCAACAUGGAACUCCUCUUAUGCCUUAUAUUCCAAAGCAGCCUCCUCCACCAACUCGCUCGAAACCUGUUGGAUUUCCAUAAUUAGCUUAUUAUUCUUAUUAUCUCAGGAGUCAGUCAGGACCAUUCCCACGAAAUGGCUCUUCUAUAAGUUAGAACAAUAAUGUAGUACAUUAAUAACUUCGAAAAAACCCAUGUCUUUUUAAUAUUUGCCUACUUCUCUUGUAAAUUUCAAUGGAGCUUUGUGUAUUACAGCUUCGUACUUGUAAUAUGCCUCUGACUUGUCCUGAAGAACUUGCAUGAGUUAAUUAAUGACAAUAAUCUUGAGUACCAGUAGUGAUAGAGCAAAAAUCGGGUGAAGGA